UUGUCCUUUAUGUAUUCAGAAGAUGCGAGGUGUGUACAAGCCGCCGGGUAUAACUUGAGCCAAUUGGGUGUCGCAGUGGUUCUUGCAUUCGUGGCUGGUGCUGUAGUAGAUGCCAUCGUCAGUGCUGUUAUCUGGAGGAGAAGGAACAGAUGCCUACACAAGACAUCUGAAUCGCGCCCAACCACUGUAUCACUCGUUCCAACUGAACCACCGCAGGCCAGUGAUGACGUUGGCCCAGAAACUAGGCCAUACGACAGUCUCAAUGCCGUCUCAUAUGACGCCAAGAUGAAAGGAGAGCCUUACUGCACCGUUAAAUCUGGCCAAACAAAUGCAAAAACUGAUGCCACUGUUCUGACGUCAUGUGACGUGUCCGACUCUAUCGCAGCAGGGACCUAUGAAACCCUUGACAACACGUCACGGGGAACGGAUGGUGAAUACAGUGAGAUCGGGAAGGUUAAGUGACUUUCUAUUGACAAACUUACUGUUUAAAUAAAAUGAUAUAUUGGUACUUGAAGGUAUAUUCGCAAAAGGUGCCCUUUAGCUCUAAGAUUUAUUUCUAUGUUUGUGGGUUUAAAAUUGUAAUAAAUAAAUUAAUUAUUUACGUAUUUCUGUAGCCUGAUGUCUAUUGACGCACAGACACUACACAGACACAGUUACAAUGUGAAUUGUGUAAGUUCAAUGAGAGCUAUGUUGUAACCCAAUGUCCCCUGAUGUGAACUGAUAAUAUUAAUACUUAAGACCUAACGUAAAUGUAUUUAUAUUUUGCUAAAUAACAGUUAUAGGUGGCGUUUAUCUUAUAAUUAUAGUUUUGGCUUUGCAUGCAUGAAGACCUUGUCAUUAUGGCGUCACCACCUUUGUUUGUGGACGGUGAACUGAAAUACAUGGACAGGACAAAGUUAUAUGAUCUGUUAACUUGUAAAUAUUUGUAAUAGACGAUUCACUUGAUGCAUUGCGAUUAUGUAUUAUUAUAUUGAUGAUAUAUGAAAAUAAUCUUCAAAAAAGUAAAAACAUUUACAUGUUUUCAUCAGGCAUAUCAAAUUCACAUGCUAUGCUGACAGGAAAAUAGUCUACGUCGUACUGACACAAAUCGUAUUUUAUCAAAAAUACCACCUUUCACAUGUUGAAACCUAUAGCUAGGUAAACCCAGAGUAGUAGUAUGUGUAAUGGGUUAUUGCAUCCGUAGCCUCAGGCCACGCUUGUUAUCUCUAUGCCCCAGAAGCCUUUAGUGUCAUUAAUAUUGUUUGACUAUGAUAGUCACAUGUUUGUUAUUGCUUUAAUGUCACGCUUUGUUUUCUGUAUAUGAGUAUAUGUUUAUGUGCAUAAACAAUGUCAAUAAGAAAACGUGUGACGACUGUAGUCAGUCUGGAAUUAUUUACUCAAAUUCUAAAAUAUAUCACUCACAAGUUGGAUUACUUAAUGUAGAUA